AUGUCCUUGCUGCAGAUCGAGACUGCCUGGGCGCAAGACAUCGAAAGGGUGUUUCUGGCGCUUUAUACGGUGGAAUUGCUUUUGCGUUUGGCAGCCGGUGGCCGCAGAAACUUCAAAAGUGCUUGGUUCCUGCUGGACUUGUUUUUGGUUUGUGUCGGUCUGAUUGCCUUGGUCGUUGUGCCCUUGGUGGAGUCAGAGACCAGCUCCCAGGAAGGCUGGAUGCAGCUCUUGAUUGUCAGAGGUUUGCGCUUGCUGCGGCUGGCGCGUGUGCUGAGGACGGUGAAACGCUUCAAGGUGGUGUGGCGCUUGGUCUCAGGGCUACGGUCCGUUUGGGAUGUGAUGGCUUCCACGACCUUCCUGAUCCUCUUGUGGCUCUAUAUCUUCGGUGGCUCGGACUGCGAAGCGGGCUGUAUCGCUGCGGAAGUCAUCGCCAGCGAUCCGGAGUUGCAGGCCGACAGUGACACAGCAGUCAUCGUUACAAAGAACUUCAGCAGUUUGCCCCGUGCCACUUUGACCUUGCUGCAGUUCGUGACAUUGGACGAUGGGAUUGCCAACAUUUACUACCCACUUGUCAUGGCGAAGCCCAUCCUCAUCGUGUACUUCUUGCCGCUCCUACUUUUCCUCUCGAUCGCACUCAUGAACCUGGUGACGGCAGUUUUGGUGGAGCAUGCGCUGGAGCAUGCCUCACAAGAGGCAGAGCUCGCUCGCAUCAGGACCAAGGAACAGAUCAAGGCCACCUUGCCGGAAUUGCUAGAUAUCUUCUCGGCCUUGGAUAAGGAUGACAGCGGCUACAUCACACGAGAGGAAGUGGCCAAUGUUGACAGCAUGGAGGAUAUGUUCGAGCUCUUGGAUGUGGAUGGUGGUGGCAGUUUGAGUCUUGCAGAGUUCUUGGACGGUUUGCUCCUGGUGCUACUCAUGGACAUGCCUAGUUGGGCAGUGCAGUUGCAGAAGUUGGUGAUUCCUAUUCGGAGGCAGACGAUUCAGAUCUCCAAUGAACUGGAGCUAUUGAAGCCUGGCCAUUCUUUGAUCUUUCUGGGUUGGUUUGGCUGGAAGGACUCCUUGGCAGCGAUGGAUUUGCUGAGGCAACAGCAUGUGGAGUGGCAGCAGUCUGUAACUGCCCUGUUGAGCCGUGUUGGACAAAUCUCAACGCCUCUCACCGAGAAGGCAGCGGUGCCAAGUGUGGUGCCUUCGAAAGCCACUGACGAGCCACGCGAGCCAGUCGUUUUGGCUUUGCCCCCGGCCGAGUGUGUCCAGACCCCAGCGGAGCUCCAGAGACUCCGGAGCUCCGAAAGCGAAGCCACGGUGCUGGACCCCAACGACACCUCUGAAGCGGCCAGAGUCAGCCAGAUGAGACAAACCUUGAGGCAAACCGUCGGGGCUGACGGCCGCUUGCCCAAGCUCUUGGAAGAGGUCCUGACCGACCACAGCAAAAAGAGGAUCAGGUUGACGGUCUGGCAGGAGAGACGCGAAACCUUAAAGACGGUGGUCGACUCCACAGCCUUUGAAUACGUCACUGCAGUUUUGAUCCUGAUGAACAUUGCGCUCAUUGGUGUAGAGGCUGAGAUGGAUUUGUUAGGCAUGGACACCUGGUGGGCUGCCGACGUCGAGAGGAUCUUCUUGGGGAUCUACACGGUGGAGCUACUCAUCCGACUCACUGCAGGUGGACGAGAGGCCUUCCAAAAUUCCUGGUUUUGGCUGGACGUGUUUUUGGUUUGCGUCGGUUUGGUGGCCUUGGUGGUUGUGCCCUUGGUGGAGUCAGAGGCCAGCUCCCAGGAAGGCUGGAUGCAGCUUUUGAUCGUCAGAGGCCUUCGCUUGCUUCGCUUGGCCCGGAUCCUUCGGACGGUGAAGCGCUUCAAGGUGGUUUGGCGCCUCGUGUCCGGGCUGCUCUCCGUGUGGGACACCAUGGCCUCAACGACCGUUUUGAUCUUCUUGGGUCUUUACAUCUUCGGUUGUAUCGCUGCGGAGGUCAUUGCAAAUGACCCGGAUCUCAGAGACAAUGCAGAGACUGCAGGUAUCGUGAGGAGGAACUUCAGCAGUUUGCCCAAAGCAACGCUGACCUUGUUGCAGUUUGUCACUCUGGAUGGCAUCGCCAACAUCUACUUUCCGCUCGUCAUGCAGAAACCCUUCCUGAUCAUUUAUUUCCUUCCCCUCUUGAUGUUCUUGUCAAUUGCAUUAAUGAACUUGGUCACUGCAGUUUUGGUGGAGCAUGCGCUCGAGCAUGCCUCUCAAGAAGCAGAGCUUGCACGCAUCAAGACCAAAGAGCAGAUCAAGGCCACUCUGCCUGACUUGCUGGAGAUUUUCUCGGCCUUGGACCAGGAUGGGAGCGGCUACAUCACACUUGAGGAGGUGGCUAAUGUGCCUUUGCAUGUGCUGCCCCAGAAGGUCUAUGAGAAGGUCACUGUCGACAGCAUGGAGGACAUGUUCGAGCUUCUGGACGCAGACGGUGGCGGUAGCUUGAGCUUAGCUGAGUUCUUGGAGGGUUUGCUCUCGGUGCUACUCAUGGACAUGCCUAGUUGGGCAGUGCAGUUGCAGAAGUUGGUGAUUCCUAUUCGGAGGCAGACGAUUCAAAUCUCCAAUGAACUGGAGCUUUUGAAAAGAGGUCGUGAUCCUGGUGAGAAUUCCCCUGGUCUGACAGUCGAGAAUGCUCGUUUGUGA